AUGGGAUUUUUUCUUUCGCAACGCGGUUAUUUCAAGGAGACUUAUUUUAUCAACUAUUUAAAAUAUUUGCUUUAUUGGAAGCGUCCUGAGUACGCCAGAGCUUUAAAAUAUCCGCAGUGCUUGCAUUUUUUGGAAGCAGUACAAAGUGCGGAUUUUCGGGAAGCGCUUGCAUGCUCAGCAAAUGCCAAGUUCAUCGAAGAGCAACAAAUGCUUCAGUGGCAAUAUUAUACACGUAAGCGGCAACGUCUUCAUGUAAGCAAUUGCACUUUUCAAAAUGUGCAGUUACUUUGUCUUUCAUUUCUUAUUCUUUUGAUCCCUAUUAUUUGUCCACGAACUGUGGAUUUGCCUUCACGAUGUGAAUCGUGCCUCUUGUUCGCACGAGAAUUGGAAGAAUUAUCGAAAAAAAAUAGUGUAAAAGAUGAACUGUCACUUAUUGAAAUUAAUGAAGAAUUAUGCAACAGGAUGCUUGAUUAUAAAUUACACCAGGAAAAAAAGGGUAUAAAACGUUUCUCAAAACAGGAAAGUUCAACAGCAAAAGCUAUAAAUAAAUUACGAAAGCGAGGCGUUAAAGUUGAACUCGGUAUGCCUGAUGAGAUGUGGGACAAUCCUCCAGUUGAAAUAGUUUCUCUUAAGCAGCAAUGCGAGUCCAUGCUUGAGAAUUAUGAGGAUGAUGUGGCAGCGUGGUACAACGUGAAACCGAAAAUCUCUUCUCAAGAAUAUUUGUGUGAAAAUCGAAUUUUACAUGGAGACGAAUUGUCGUGUUUGAAGGAAAGUAAAGUCGGUCAUGUCGAAUUUUAA